AUGACUGCCACUUCCAGGAAAAACCGCGCUGGUUUCGAGACGACCAGCCGCCUCCUGGCUCAAGUUGUGAACGAAGGGCUAGCAACCGCGAGGGUAAAAACUUCAGGGAACAUGCACCAGGAAUAUCUCAUUUUGACCAGCCAUCAAGAGAGCUUCGAGAACCCUGAACGCUGGGUCAAGGCUGGGUUAUUGCCGGAUACCCACUAUGAGCUCAGAGACGGCCAAGUGAUCUCUCUCGUACGACCGGGAAACUUGAAACCGUUGAUAAGUAUCGGAACGUUUUCCAUGGAAACCGAAGUGCUGGAACCGGAGGUAAUCUUCGAGCACAUGCGUCCCUGGCUCUUGAAUGUGGCAGAUGAAUCUCUGCUCCAGGAAAUUGGGAGAGAGCUGAAAAAUUCCAGUGAUAACCAAGGUUAA